AAAAUUGUAAAAAUUAUUUUCUUGUUAUAUUUUUUGAACAUCUUCACUUCAGAUUGAAGAAUAGUUUUUGUUUGAAAUGGAAGACAAUACUUCGAGUGACGACGAUGUUAAAGAUUCACCUCUAAGUCCAAAAUUAGGUGGAAAAAAGUUCAAGUUAAAUGAUGGAAGUUCACAGGACAGUUUAACAGAAACAGUUGCUACAACGAGUAAAGUUAAAAAGGAGGAGAAUGUAGAUAGCGGUGUUUCUGCGGAUAAGUCUGAGAGUACGAGCAGCGAUGAUCGGGUUAGGGGGGCCAAUGAAGGUCCCUCAAACGAAGUUGUUAAUGUAGCACCUUCCAGUAGUAACGUACGAGAGAUUUUGUUAAACAUACGAAGGCCCAGACGCAGCCGAAACUACAGGAAACGAAAAACACCAGACAGAGACUCAGAUAGUGGUGAUUCCUCAAGAGAUUCUGAUGAUUUGUCACCAGAAGAGAGCACUGUUGACAUGAGGCCCGAGACCAGUAAUUCAGAAUGUGAUAGUUCAGAUGAUCAAGCAUUUGUUCCUAAUUUUUCAGAUCCUUCACCUGAAAGUGGAUCCAGUUCGUCAGGUAGUAAUGAUAGUUAUGAUGAUGACUUGGUUGACAUGCAUAGUGUUGACACAGACAGUGAAGAUGAAGAUGUAUGGUCGAGGACCAGAGAAAAUGUUGAAAAUGAAGAAUUCCAAGGUGAACCACCCAGGGCGCUUCUCAAAGUCAGACCUAAGCAUAACUACUUUAUGUUAAGAGAAAUCAUAAACCGUGAAAUGGGACUGACAUUUCCCUGCAGUAAAACAUCAAAAAGCAACCUAAUGUUUGAACAAAAAUUUUAUGGGUCACUUCACGUAGUGUACAGAAUGGACAAAAUGUUCCAAUUAAAUCAACAUAAAGGCUGUGUAAAUUCAAUAAAUUUUCACCCUGAAGGCCAUCUCUUAGCGUCAGGUUCAGAUGACCAGAAUGUUAUAAUCUGGGAUUGGGCUCACAACAAAGCAUUGCAGACCAUCAAGACAGGUCAUAGGUCGAACGUGUUUCAAAGCAAGUUCCUACACCUCAAUGCCAAGAGUCAACUGAACAUAGUCACCUGUGCGAGGGAUGGUCAGAUCCGUUUGAUCCAAUGCCCGGCGAGCGGCGGCGCUCCCGUAGUGCGUCGCAAGCUGGCAGCUCACGCCCGCGCCGCUCACAAGCUGCACGUGUCGCCGCACGAGCCGCACUUGGUGACGUCAGCCGGCGAGGACGGACUGUGUCUGCAGUGCGACGUGCGCGCCGACCAGGUUACUAGAUUGUUUCACGUAAAAGAACGAGGGGUGACGAUACCUCUAUACAGCGUUUGUGGCCAUCCGCUAGACUCAUGGGAACUGGUCCUGGCCGGCCGAGACAAGUUUGUACGCGUCUACGAUCGCCGCAAGUCUACUAAACCAAUAGCGCUGUACUGCCCUGGUGCCUUCCAAGACCACGGGGGUUGUCAGAAGAAGAAGCUCAGACAAUCCAUGAUGCAUCUCACUUGCGCCGUCUAUAAUCACGACGGCAGCGAGAUACUCGGCUCAUACAACGAUGACGACAUAUAUCUGUUUGACGCCAAAAACGACGUUUAUGACAAAGACAACACAAAGAUCGUGAGCGAAGGCUACAAAUACCGCUACAGUGGGCAUAGAAACAGCGCUACCUUCAAAGGGGUCUCAUUCUUCGGGCCGAAGAGCGAAUACAUAGUCUCCGGCUCGGAUUGUUCCUACAUCUAUAUAUGGGAGAGGAAAUCUGAAGCCAUCGUGCAGUGGAUGCAAGGAGAUGUGGGCGGAGUGGUGAACUGCAUAGAAACUCACCCGCGGUUCCCCGUUUUGGCGACUAGCGGCCUCGACAAGGACGUCAAGAUAUGGACUGCGAGGAGCGACAGCGAUCCCGAUUUCGCUGGCAUGGAGAGGGUGGUUCGUGAAAACAGCGCUUCGCAGUUUCGCAGUCCGUUGUUCAACGAUUUCUUGCCGACGUUGUAUAGUGCUUGGCGCGCGGAUCGCAGAGAUUCCGGACCCCACAAUAACUUAGAACUGGACGGAAAUGUUUGCACUGCCUUCUGAAUUAUAAUUAUGUAUCUUAGGCCCGUAUUACAGAAUGACAACUAAGUGUUGAUCUUUACUCGAGUACAGUUAGAAAG